AUGUUUCAGGUUCAACAAAACGAGGUCGAACUCGGUUGCCAACACACAAUAAAGUCUCACGGAGGACGUGUGGCAAAGAGUCACAAGCACGACUGGCUGAUAUUAAUAUUGCUUGUUGUUAUAGAGAUCAUUCUGAAUAUCAUGCACCCGUUUUAUCGGUUUGUGGGGCGCGACAUGAUGACCGAUCUUAGAUAUCCCAUGAAAGAUAACACCGUGCCAGUAUGGGCAGUUCCUAUGUAUGCAAUUUUGUUGCCCAUUGCUAUUUUUGUCCUAUAUUACCUUAGAAGGCGAGAUGUUUACGAUCUUCAUCAUGCUAUCUUAGGGCUCUUGUUUGCUGUGCUCAUAACUGGAGUUCUAACAGAUUCAAUAAAAAACGCCACUGGCCGGCCACGACCCAACUUUUUCUGGCGUUGCUUUCCUGAUGGACGAGAUGCUUAUGAUGCGUUAGGCAACGUGAUAUGUCAUGGUAAAGACAGUGAGGUAAGAGAAGGGCACAAGAGUUUUCCAAGUGGUCACACUUCAUGGUCAUUUGCAGGUCUCGGUUUUCUAGCAUUGUACUUGUCAGGAAAAAUUAAGUGCUUUGAUCGACGUGGGCACGUGUCGAAAUUAUGCAUCAUAUUUUUUCCGAUCCUUGCUGCUUGCCUCGUCGGUAUAUCUCGUGUGGAUGACUAUUGGCAUCACUGGCAAGAUGUUUUUGCCGGUGGUCUUUUAGGUCUUACUGUAGCUACAUUUUGUUAUCUGCAGUUUUUCCCUCCUCCUUACCACAUAGAAGGAUGGGGUCCGUAUGCCUAUUUUCGAGCAUUAGAGGAAUCUCGAUCUUUGCCAGUUCAGUCGAGGAAUGGUAUUAGCGUGCAAGGUAGCGACUAUCGUCAACAAUCAUCGACUAACAAUUCGGUUAAUCAUAAUUUUAACCCAAGCAUUGAUGCUAUGGAGUCGGGACGAAGGUAG